AUGCAUUUACCGAGCACCCGGCGAGAGGUACUUUCGGCAGCGAUCAAGGCCUGUAUCUUGAUUCUGAUUGCAGCCCUCGUCUUCGAGAUAGCAGAUGUGCCAUCGAGAGAAUCAUGGGGAGACCUGGUACGGCUACCAAAUAUUUGGCGCCACACACAUGACACCGACAUCGAAGCCAUCCGUAAAGUCGACCACCGUCUCCUUACUAGCAAGCGAUUCAAGGACGGGACCUACCAUUCCAUCGACCUCAACCGGACCGGAAUAGAUGUGUUGAAUCCGACAUUGCUUGAGCUUCCUCGAGGAAGCCAGCAUGAUUUCUUGGUCGUGGCGAGAGCGUUUCACGUCGACGAACAUAUCGAUGGCGUCGACUACAGGCGAGCUCGACAGGUGGCCAUGUUUGCAAACCUGACCGAUAAUGACGGAAAGCCAGAGCUGGAGACCGGCGAAUGGAAGAGACUGCUGGUCGAGGAUUUUCUCGGUCCAAAGCAUCACUGCAAGGCGCAGCCGAAAAUGGACAAGUACAUUGGCCCGGAAGACAUGAAGGCUUUCUGGUCCCGGACCAGAGCACCCUUGAUCAUCUUCACGCAUCAGACCCCCGACGAAAAUCUGUGCGAGGGCAUGUUCAUCAUCGAUGCCCGAGCAGCUGUACCCGAGUUCGGCGAAAUACUCGGUAGCAGUGGCCUGGACAUGCCGCCCGUAUACUUCCAAGAGCCGACUCCACUGUACCGUCGGCCACCGGAGGGGCAGGAGGAGGAUGCGCGAUACCAGAGAGAGAAGAACUGGGCGCUGACCCAGUCUCCGUUACUCCCAGACGACCAAGAUUUGUUCGUCAUGGCCGAGCCCGGUCAGCUCUUCCGGUUCAAGUCCAUCGGCGAACCGGUCGAACAGGUCCCUUCGGAAGAGAAAUCAUUGGUCGAAGCGCCCUUCCCUUACGACGCCAACGAGACAUGGCAUAGCAAGGCAGAAACUUGCGUUCACGAUGUCAUGCGCUCGGAUAGCCAUGUGCACCAGUCCACUCCCAUGCUCAGCUUGACACUCUGCAACAGAGGCUCCUGCACGCCAAAGGAAGAUAACACUGUCCUGAUAGGCAUGGUGCAGAGACGUUAUGACCCCCCCGUACGCGCUCAUACGAUGUACGAGCGGCGUAUCGUUGCGUAUAACUCUGCUCCACCCUACCAGAUGCGCUCAGUGAGCAAGAAGCUCAUGUAUCCUGGCGAGGAGGAAGACAAGUACAUCUGGACCGGAGGUAUGGUCUUCUUUGCAAACUCGACGGAUAUCCCGCUGGAUCGGAGUCACGGGUUCUUGGAUGACGAGGUCUGGCUGAGUUUUGGCAUAAUGGACAAGGCACCGGGUUGGUUGGAUGUCAGUGCCGAGGAAUUGAUAAAAUACCAUUACUUCUGCGAGGGCGCAUCUCGGGGGUAUAGAGACAGCGUCGAGGUCAUGUCUCUCUAA